AUGAAUUUCCUCAAGUCAGCGGUGGCCUCUGCCAUUGCUCAGGGGCCACCAUUCCCCUAUAGCUUCGGCGACAAGGUGGACAUCGACGAGUCCAUUUGGACAUUGACCAACGGCACCAAGCGAGAAGACGGUUCCAACUGCAGUAUUUUCUCCUUCGACGUUGCCGCCAACAAGUCCCGACUACCCCUAGCGAAGAACGCGCUGCGAAAGCUGAGGACGCUACGACACCCAGGUGUUAUCAAGGUGUUAGAUACCGUAGAGACCGACACAUACAUUUACAUUGCGACCGAGCGAGUGGUGCCUCUGCGAUGGCACGUGAAGAGAAAGAGUCUCACACCAGAAACGAUGAAAUGGGGAUUGAGCAGCGUCGCGCGCACCAUCAAAUUUAUCAAUGAUGAAGCUUCGUCAAUACACGGCAACCUAAGGGUUGGCUCUGUAUACACAUCUGAGAGUGGGGAGUGGAAGAUGAGUGGCUUUGAGGUUCUGAGCAACGUGAAAGACGACGAAGCAGUGAUCUACACAUACGGCAGCCUGGUGCCGGAUUCAGGGAGAUAUGCGCCGCCUGAGCUUGCCCGUGGUGGCUGGGAUGCCAUCAAGAAGAGCCCGCAUUCCGCCGUGGACUCGUUCGGGUUUGGAUGUAUGAUCUUUGAAGUCUUCAACGGCGACUUCAUGGGCUCUGACCAAGCCGGCCAGACGAAAAGCAUUCCUCCGACCAUGCAACAAAGUUACAAGCGACUCGUCAACCCAAACCCCAAGGCGCGUGUCAGUGUUGGCCACUUUCUAGAACAAGGGCAACGAAGCGGAUCUUUCUUCGAUAGCCCCCUAAUCAAAUUAACGGAGGGCAUCGAGAAUCUUGGGGUGAAAACUGAGACUGAGAGAGAGGCGUUCCUCGAUGAUCUCGAUCAACUAACGGAUGAUUUCCCUGAAGACUUCUUCAAGAUGAAGAUCCUCCCGGAGCUCAUCAAGUCAGUUGAGUUUGGCGGCGGCGGGCCGAAGGCCUUCAGUGUCGUAAUGAAAAUUGCAGCCAAGCUUUCAAACGAGGAUUUCGACUCAAAGAUUACACCCGUCGUCAUCCGCCUAUUCGCAAACCCCGAUCGAGCAAUCCGCGUUUGCCUUCUCGAUAGCCUGCCUCUGAUGAUCGAUCGACUGACACAAAAAGUGGUCAAUGACAAAAUCUUUCCACAGCUCGUCACGGGUUUUACAGACGUGGCACCCGUUGUCCGAGAACAGACCUUGAAGUCGGUUUUGGUCAUUAUUGGGAAGUUGUCAGAUCGUACCAUCAACGGAGAGCUGCUCAAGUACCUCGCCAAGGCGGCCAACGACGAACAACCAGGCAUCCGAACAAACACCACAAUUUGUCUAGGAAAGAUUGCCAAAAACCUUGGAACUUCUUCGAGAAGCAAGGUACUCAUCGCCGCCUUCACCAGGUCCCUGCGUGAUCCGUUUGUACACGCCCGAAAUGCCUCGCUGAUGGCUCUCGGCGUCACAGGGGAUUGCUUCUCCGACGAGGAUGUGGCUUUGAGGAUAAUGCCCGCGGUCUGCCCGUUGCUGAUUGACAAGGAGAAGGUCAUUCGUGAUCAGGCGAGCAAGACGAUGGACGUUUACCUGAAGCAAGUCAGGAAGGCCGCCUCCAACAUGCCAGAAUCCGCUCUGCCUCCUCAGGCCGCAGAAGGCGCCGGCGGGCCUCGGAUGAGCACCCCUCAGCCCAACGAGGCCUCGGCGUCAUCCUGGGCUGGAUGGGCCAUUUCGUCUUUUACCAACAAGAUUUCGACAGCAAACGGUGAGAUGCAGACCUCUAAUGGCUCGGGAGCGGCAUCCCCGAAGCCGACCCCGUCCCCAGGCCCAGACGCGAAGAGGCCGAUCACAUCCUCGGCCUCUGCUCUGCAUCGCCAGGCGGUCAAGUCUCCCCCGCCGAUGUCGCGGACGCCUUCGUCGGUCGUGGCAGACGCGUUCAAUCCGGAACCUGCAGACGACGGCGGAGACGCUUGGGGCGAUCUGGGAGAUGACGAUGGUUGGGGAGAGCCAAGCGCCAACAGCAACUCAUCGGCUAAGAAGGCAACUACCGCCAGCGCAACUCCAUUCGACGACGGUGCUGAGCCCGAUUUUGCCGGCUGGCUGGCCGCGCAGUCGCAAAAGAAGACUGGAGGAAGCAAGCCGCUGCCAAAGGGUCUUUCAAAGUCAACGACUGCAGCGAAGAAGCCUCUGGUGUCGAAGCCGGCUGCUAAGCCUGUGGUAGCGAAGAAGAUUGACAUGAAGCCAAAGGACGACGAUGACGAUGAAGGAUGGGGAGACGGGUGGUAG